AUGUUUUUAAACAGAAUCCACGCCUCAAUACCUGCCAUCUGUCCUCGAUACGACCCAAGGUUGCAAAAAUGGAAUGCGUCCACUCCCAAAGUAGACCUGUCUCUGCUUUCCAAAAUAAAGGCUGGCACUAAUCCGUCCUAUGUACUGCCCCAUUUCUACCAUCUUACCGAAAGGAAAUACAAAGACGUCCCAAAGUUGUACACCGAUGGAUCGAAAACGCUCGAUGGGAGAGUAGGCUGUGGUAUUACGAGCGAGAACAUAAAUGUCUCACUUCCUCUGCCAUCGAUCUGCUCGGUCUUUAGCUCUGAAGCAUUCGCUCUACUGUCAGCUGCCCAAAAUUAUUGCCCAACUACGCGAUCCGUGAUCUUCUCGGAUUCAGCCAGUGUCUUGAAAGCGGUUUCUGUGGGAAACAUCAAACAUCCAUGGAUAGUUACUCUGUCAGAAGUCGCCAUCCAAAAGGGUAUAACGCUGUGCUGGAUUCCUGGACACUCAAAAAUUGCCGGCAAUGAACGAGCGGACCACCUUGCGGCAGCUGGUAGUCAACUCGAUCCCCAAAACCAAACGAUUCCCUCCCCUGACGCUUUGAAAUGGGUAAAACGACACAUCACAUUAGCAUGGUCCCAGACCUGA